AUGUAUUCUUUUUUAUUUAAAUAUAUUAUUAUUGGUGAUACUGGUGUUGGUAAAUCAUGUUUACUUUUACAAUUCACUGAUAAAAGAUUUCAACCAGUACAUGAUUUAACUAUAGGUGUUGAGUUUGGUGCAAGAAUGAUAACAAUUGAUAAUAAAGCUAUAAAAUUACAAAUCUGGGAUACUGCAGGACAAGAAUCAUUUAGAUCAAUUACUCGUUCAUAUUAUAGAGGUUCUGCUGGUGCAUUACUUGUAUAUGAUAUUACUAGACGUGAUACAUUUAAUCAUUUAACUUGUUGGCUUAAGGAUGCAAGAUCAUAUGCAAAUAGUAAUAUGACAAUCAUUUUAAUUGGAAAUAAAUCUGAUAUGGAAUCAAAGAGAGCAGUAUCAUACGAGGAAGGUAGACAAUUUGCAGAUGAAAAUGGACUUAUCUUUUUGGAAACAUCAGCAAAAACAGCUUCAAACGUCGAAGAAGCAUUUGUAAAUACAGCCUCUAAAAUCUAUGAAAAAAUUCAAAAGGGAGAUUUCGAUAUUAACAAUGAAAGUUUUGGAAUUAAAUUAGGUGCACCAACCUCCAAACAAGAUGGUACCGAUCAAAAACCAGCUGGUGGUGGAUGUUGCAAAUAA